CAAAAAUCGUUAUGAAUAUUCAUGAGAUGGAUUUUUCGUCGGAGAUGUGAGCGGUGGUUCGUCUGAAUUCCGACGAUCUUUACGGCCAUCUGAACCGAGAAUCGUUUCAUGAUGGAAUUGAACUCUCUUGUUGCAGCGGUAGCAAAUCCGCACUGCUUUCCGACAAAUUUGAAACAGAAACGCCCAAUUUUGUUCCAGCAGAGACGCCCCGCAGGUCGAGCGUCGGCUCGUAAGAUACUCCGGCAGAACAAAGAAAAAGGAAGCUUUGCUGGCGAUGAUUUUUCUAUCAACCAUUCCCAAGUGAUUGAGAAAUUGAGCCAAAGAAGAACGCCUGUUUUAGCUCAAGAGAUUUUCUUGGAGCUGAAACCUGAAGAAUUUCCAUUAAACAACUCGACGUUGUCUUCUCUUAUGGUACGCUACAUAGAUGGUGGUCUUCUCCUCCAAGCAGAAGCAAUUUGGGAAGAAAUGUUAAACAGUUGUUUCGUGCCUUCCGUUUUAGUAAUUUCAAAGUUACUUAACACAUACGGAAAGAUGAGACGCUUCGAUGAUAUAAUUAAAGUUCUGGAUCAGGUAAAGAUAAGGUAUUUACACUUACUCCCUGAGGCAUACUCAUUAGCCAUAUCAUGUUUUGGGAAGCAUGGUCAAUUAGAAUUGAUGGAAAACACUUUGAGGGAAAUGGUUUCCAGUGGUGUUCCAGUUGAUUCCCGUACAGGAAAUUCCUUUAUUGUAUACUACAGCAUUUUUGGUUCUUUGAUGGAGAUGGAAACCGCCUAUGGCCGCCUUAAAAGGUCUCGAUUUCUAAUCGAGAAGGAAGGCAUCCUGGCAAUGGCGUUCGCCUACAUAAGGGAAAGAAAAUUUUACAGAUUAGGGGAAUUUCUUAGGGAUGUUGGUCUUAGAAGGAAAAACGUGGGGAAUCUGUUAUGGAAUCUUCUACUUUUAUCUUAUGCUGCAAAUUUCAAAAUGAAAAGCUUGCAGCGUGAGUUUCUGGCAAUGGUUGAAGCUGGAUUUAAUCCGGAUAUUACAACGUUUAAUAUUAGAGCUGUGGCAUUUUCAAGAAUGGAUUUGUUAUGGGAUCUUCAUCUUAGCCUUGAACAUAUGAAACACAUGAAGAUCGAACCCGAUCUCGUGUCGUACGGUUGUGUUGUUGAUGCAUAUGUAGAUAGAAGACUUGGAAGGAAUUUGGAAUUCGUUUUGAGCAAAAUGAAUCCAGAUCAACCACCAAUAUCAUUAACUGAUCCGUUUGUUUUUGAGGCAUUGGGUAAAGGAGAUUUCCACAUGAGCUCUGAGGCGUUCAUGCAGUUCCAGAAGCAGAAGAAAUGGACUUACAGAGAGUUGAUAUCAUUGUAUCUGAAAAAGCAACACAGAAGAGAUCAAGUCUUUUGGAAUUACUAGCCCGAACCGAUAUUCAUUAACAACUCUCUUUGCCUGGCAACGGCUAGACAAGUAGCAGGGUCAAGGUAGCAUUCCUCUCGAGUAGUUAGUCUAUUUCCAUCAGCUGGCCGGUGGGAGUGAGAAGUUUGGGAUAUGUAACAUAAGCUCCUUGAUGGAGUCAUUUACUCUCCAAAUUUGAGUAAUUUCAACCUGCCAUGACGGUGGUGUAUAGGUUUUCUUUUAAGAUAAUAUGGUAGAUUGAUUUUGAGUAAGUUCAAACAUUUAGUAAUGGAAGUUUCAAAAC